UCCACCCUCCUCCCCUCCCUCCCUCCUUCCCUUGCCAAUGCCAAUUCCUCUCUCUCUCUCUCUCUCUGUUUCCCUUCUACCUGCUGCUUUCCUAUCUCUUUUUAAAAGGACACUUUAGGGGCUGCUUAUGAGCCAUUGAUGGGGGGAAAUGUGGGGCAGGAACCCUGUUUGAGAUCCCUGUUGUAGGUCAUCUGGAUGGGGAUCCAAGUGGAGGCUGAUACCUUUAGAGAGUUCCUUCUCUCUCUCAUCCUUGGCAGUGUAUUGCUGCUUUUAUUUAACCAGGACUAGCUUCUUCCAAAAAAAUAUUUUUAUCCCCCCCAAAAAAACCUUAAGGUAAAUAAUAACUUCUGAUCUUUUUUUUAAAAAAACCCUUUCCAGGAUGCGUUGGCGUAUUGACAGCUCCUCCUGAUGGAUGGAUUCCACUUCUCUCAAGCAUCACCGCUAGUUGUGCCUUGGGCAACUUUGCAGCUUCUCUGGUUGAGGCUUGGAGAUCAUCCUGUGCCUGCAAUACAUGGAUGUCAAGGUGCCGUUGCUCAAUCCCUUCAUCCUCGUCCUCCUCCGUUCUGGUAACUUUGGACUUGGGCCACGUUUCGCCAUUCGUACAACAACAUGUGGCCCGGGUUGGUCCCGCUGAACGCUUUGCUUGGAUCCUUGUCACCUGCUGCUAGUUGAGUUGAAGAAGACCAUCUGGACGUUCCUGCUGACUUUGCUCCAAGAUGGUAGCAAACGGCAUGUUCUGGAUAAGGUCCCACCUUUGGUGCUGAAAUGGGAGCUGAGACGCUGGAACGUUGCCCAAGAAGGGUUUUACAACAGAGAAGGCUCUUUCAUCGGAACCCACCUGUACAUCAGAGGCUGGUUUACAGCAGAGAAAGUAUGGUCAGCCUUGCAUAAUUGGAGAUUUCACUUUUGCAGAUUUGAUUAAUCUGUUCUCUGUAGGAACUUCUAGGUUCUCCAGCAUGACUGUAUGGUCUACUUCUACCAUAGAGAUGGGCUAGAGGAGAGAUUGCUACAGAGACUAUUUUUCUGAGCAUUUGUUGGUCAUCCAGCUUGAUUCUGUGGUCACAUUCUGGCAGAUGGUGACCACAGAGUUGCAUGAAAGGACCUAAAGAAAUGCUCUCUCAGGCUCGGCAUUCCACCCUGGGAGAAUAAUAAAUGUAAGAAGCUGCUGAUGGAGCUGCAGAGACAUUCCAAGUCUGUUGGAGAUCCACACAAAUCACCGGAAUCCGUGGGACGCCCCUUUCUGCAAGAACCUCCUAGCGAUGUUGAGCCCAUCAAGUUGGAAAAAGUCGAUGAGGGAGAGGAUGUCCAAACAUUGCUUCCCAAACUCUCUCGCCCACCAGUUCCUUCUGCUAGCAGUGCUCUCAUUCAGGGUUUGAAUGGGCUGCCAGGAACAGGCAGGAGGGCCCACAUUUCUGGAGGGACAGUGGAACAAGGCGAAUCUUCCCGACUGGGGCGCUACUUGUUGAUUGACAGCCAGGGCCUUCCUUAUACUGUGCUGGUGGAAGAGGGCGUGGGGGCGGCAGGGGGCAAUGACAGUGGGAGUGGGAGCUCCCUGCGCAAGGUCUACAGCUGCCCUGUCUGUUCGCGGACAUUUGAAUACCUGUCGUACCUGCAGCGCCACAGCAUCACCCACUCAGAGAGCAAGCCCCAUGUCUGCCGGGCAUGUGGCAAGGCCUUCAAGCGCACAUCCCACCUGGAGCGCCACAAAUAUACCCAUUCGGGACGGAAGCCCCACCAGUGUCCUAUCUGCCAGCGCAGCUUCCGGGAUUCGGGGGAGCUCUCGCACCACCAGCGGGUCCACACAGGCGAGCGGCCUUACCAGUGCGAGGCAUGCCACAUGCGCUUCGGUGAACGCAACACCCUCCAGAGGCAUAUUCGCCGGAAGCACCGCCUGCAGCUCCUCCCUACAGGCGUAGAGACUGGCCUUUUGGGGGACUUGUGCUAGAAAUAACUGGCGUGAGGACCUACCCACCCAGGCCUUAGGAACCUGCUGUCCAGGCCCUGCUAGCAUCCGUGCAUGCUGAGCUAAUCCUAGCCUGAAAGUUUCUUCCCACAUCUGAGGGACCUGAUGCCCCCACAUCCGGCAGCUUCCAUGAAAAACAAAAUGUGGAAUGGAGAUACACAUUCCCAGCUAUCCCACAAAGUAUCUGGCAUGCAAAGGCCAACUUCCUGAGUCCUCACACAGAUAUCUUAUGCCCAGUGGCAUGACAAUCUGGUUUGCCACCCUUUUAUAGAAAUGCGUAGUCUGUCCUGCCUGCCUAUGCUCCUCAUUAACCCAUCAGGAAGGUCUGUUUCCUCCUGCUUUGUCCUGUUACCAUUACCCUUGAAGGCCACACGCAUCUAGCAUGAAUUCGUUAGCCUGUCAACCCCCUUCUCUACAAUAGAGAGCAGAGCCUACUAGCAUCAACCUUUGCCACAGUGUCCUGGGGAAAACUUCUUGUCUCAGUUUAUAAUGGAUGGCAGGGAAAAUCCAGCAGGCCUUGCCCAGACUCUGCAUGUAUGGCAUGGAUAUAGCCCUCCACUGCCUGUUAAUAAUAACCCUUAUCAUUGAUAGACCUGGCUUUGAAAUCUAUCUAGAAGCUUCCAUUUCUUUUAUAUCCACCCACAAACACACCAAUUAUAAACUAGAGUAUGCCCAUUUUAGAAAACUGCCCUGUGGAUAAUGUUCUAGUUGCUUUGGGAGUGAAGGAUAGUUAGAUUGAGACAGUGAGGACAUCACUUCUUAUUUUGGCAUAGAAUUUCCGCUAAGAUUUCCAGUUGGAUUCAAUAAAUUCCAGUUGUCUUAUUUGGAAGUGCCAAAUGCUGACCUGAAACAGAAUGGAUCUUUCACUUUGAAUCCUGGGCUUCCAUCAUCUCAGCAACAGACCGUCCUUAAAUUCUUGUCAAGCCUAUUCCAUUCUCACAUGACAAACCUUUUGGCCAAAGUGGUUGUAUGAAGUUAGAAAGAGCUAUACGAAACACUGGCAGAAAGACAUAGUGUUGGAGUAGGGAGGGGUGAAUACCCCUUCAGAAAAGGGCUAGUGGGCUGUAAUUCAUGGCAUUCCACACAAAUGUUUAUGCUGGCUAAGGCUGAUUCCUGUAUGUGGCGCGCGCGUGUGUGUGCAUUGCACACACACACAUAAUUUGGACAAGAGUGGGGGCACUGAAGGAUGAAAUAGGGAUAUAUCUUUGCUUUUAGGCCUUAAAAGUCUUAAUUUAAAAUCGUUUACUUUUCCAGUGGGGAAAAUGUGAUUCUACAUUCCUUCAGAAAGAUGUUGCUGCUCACUUAGGAGAUCCCUUGUAGCCCGAGGAUGAUGAUCCUCCAAGUGUAGUGUCCUGGCGGUGGGUCCGUAGGUGGCUGUGAAGCCCUAUUCUUGAUCUGCAUGUUCUUCCACAGUGAGGACAUCGGUUUCCAGGUGGAAGGUGGUGCUGCCCAGGGUUGGCUUGAUGCGCCUUCCUCUUGGCAUGUUUCUCCCUUUCGCCCUCCAUUCGUGCCUCUUCGAAUUCUGCAGCACUGUUGGUCAUAGCUGACCUCCAGUUAGAGUGUUCAAGGGCCAGGGCUUCCCAGUUUUGGUGUCUAUGCCACAGUUUUUGAGGUUGGCUUUAAGCCCAUCAUUAAAUCUCUAUUCCUGUCCACCAACAUGACAUUUCCCGUUCUUGAGUUGGGAGUACAGUAACUUGAGUUGGGAUUUACUGCUAUUUCUGAUGUGAGUCCAGCCUCCAAAUCAGAUCUGUACCAUGGCCCAUGUGCCCUGCUCUCAAGCUUUGUUUCCUUCAGACCUCAAAUUAGCCCAUCGGAAUUUAUCCAGAUAACUUCCCAAAUCUUUGUGGGUCAGCAUCUAUGUGUUUGUGGAAUGGAUUUGAACAUCAACUCUACACAAAGCAAAAUAAAAUACCUUUGUCUUCCCUCUGCUUUUCAGUCCAUGGGGUAUUAUCAGAUGAGACUGCUGUGGUCUCCUAUGAUAUUUAACAAGCAUAGGAUCUCCUGUUCCUUUGCAGAGUUAAAAGAAUGGGUUGGAUGGACAAGAAGCAGGAGAAACUGACAUACAGGCAUGUUUUCCAAGGCACCAGAUAAACUGGUACCUCCAAAGAUGCCCUGGAUCAUGUUUCCUCUACUUCGUAUUUAGUGUGGGAUCUCUGAUCUAUGUGUCUUCUUUGUCAUUUCUUUUUUUUAAAAAUUAAAAAACAGUUCUAUGGGGAUUUGGUUCAUCUUUGUGUACUACCCGAAUAAAGUGAUGCUGUGUGACUUC